UCGCUGGGUGGGUCUCCCAGCGCGGCCGGCUCGGUGCUCUAGAGUUCCGCGCUUUCGGCGGAGUUGCAAGCGUCUGGCAGUUGAGCUGCACGCGGAGGGGCUGCCCUCACCUCCUUGCACCGCCGGUCCCGAGUCUCCGAUAUGGGCCUUCUUCAGUUCCUGGUGUCCUCCUUUGUCCUGCUGUUGUCUGGCACAGAAGUCACAGGCACCCUAAAGAGCACCCUGGACCCGAGCCUCAAGAUUUACAAGAAGAUGUUUGAGGUGAAGCGGCGGGAGCAGUUGUUGGCCCUGAAGAACUUGGCACAACUGAACGACAUCCACCAGCAGUACAAGAUCCUUGACGUCAUGCUUAAGGGACUCUUUAAGGUGCUGGAGGAUUCCCGGACAGUGCUCACAGCUGCAGAUGUGCUCCCAGACGGGCCCUUCCCCCAGGACGAGAAGCUGAAAGAUGCUUUCUCCCACGUGGUGGAGAACACAGCCUUCUUUGGCGAUGUGGUACUGCGCUUCCCGAAGAUUGUGCACCACUACUUUGACCAUAAUUCCAACUGGAACCUCCUCAUCCGCUGGGGCAUCAGCUUCUGCAACCAGACAGGUGUCUUUGACCAGGGCCCCCACUCACCCAUCCUCAACCUGAUGGCCCAGGAGCUGGGGCUCAGUGAGAAAGACUCUGACUUCCAGAACCCGUUUAAAAUAGACCGGACAGAGUUCAUUCCUAGCACUGACCCUUUCAAGAAGGCCUUGAGGGAAGAAGAAAAACGCCGGAAGAAGGAGGAGAAGCGGAAAGAGAUCCGAAAAGGCCCAAGAAUCUCAAGAUCCCAGUCUGAGUUGUAGCCCUGGAGCAGUUUGGGACCUAAGGGAUCAUCAAGAGGCCAGUCAGAAGAGCCAACUGUGUGGCUGUGGUAUAGCCGCAUCCAGCACCAUGGUGAGCACCAGCCACUUCCGGAUGGGGACCCUACGUUUGCUGAGUCCUCAGGAGCUGGGUCUGAGCCUUGGCCAGGAAGACUGAGCCUCUGGGAUCUUAGGGCACACCGAGGGGGUCUUGAGAGGACACUGUUCUGCAGGCAGGACCUCACGGAGAAGGUGUUGGGGGGCUGGCUGAGGUCUCCUGGUCUGGAUCCUCGGGUGGGGUUGCAGACCAGAUGCUAUCUUUUGUGAGGAAGCGGUAGAGUCUGGCUCUGAAUUACAGGUGAAGGUGUCAGCUUGUAGCUGGCCUCACUCUAUUCCUGGGCUGCCUGCCACCAUCCCAGCUCUCUGCAGAGCAACACUCAAAGCCAGCAAAUUCACUGGCCUCACCCAGGCUGAUGAGGAGGCCGUAAGGACACCAGGAGCUUCUAGAAACGGCAGGACCAGCCUGGAGUAUGUUUCUGCCUCAUCUUGCAGAGAAACAAGAACAAGAAAGAAGAGGUUUAGGCCUCUCAUUCACUCACUGCUGCCCUUCUUAAGGGAUCAGUUUGGAGGAGACCCAGAAGUGUCCUGGGAGGGUGUUUAUUUCAAGGAGACCUUAAAAGAACAUGAUCUCUAUUCUCAGAUAACUGGGGACAGUCACUGAGCUGGUUCAGGGGACAAUCACCUUGUUCUCUCUCCUGCUAAAAGCUAGAGCCUGUUUGUGGGGAGAUGUUAUAGGGACAGGUUGCAGGAGGCUGGGCCUGGAAUGGGGCUACUGUAAACUGCACUGACCAGACGGUGGGCUUCUCAGUUCAGGGUUCAAGCAGAGCCGCAUGGCCACAGGGGAGGAAGCUAUGGAAGAAGUUAGGCCCUCAGAGGGCGGGCAGCCUGGUUUUUAUGAAUUCUGAGGCAGGUGGCUGCCUUGGCUCUAUUGGAACUACAGUGCUACCUCUUUGAUCUUGCCAAGCCAAAAUGUAUCCCUCAAAGGCAUGGAGAGACCCACCAUCCCUAUAUCAUCCCCAGCCAUACCCCACCUUCAAGAACACUCUUCAUUUUACAGCUGACAGUGGUCACGAGACCUAAGCCUUAGCCUGACUGACCUUGGCCUACUCUCUUCCUUCCCUGUGCUGUGCCUUCAUUGGUAAAAUAAAUUUGAUGAUGUCUGAAUCCUCUGCCAAGCUCUAACCUACACCUUGGAGGCUUGACUUUCUACUGGCCAGCAUAGCAAAGGGAAGCCAGAUGUUGGGGAGGCUUCUUGGAAGGUCCCAGAGUACAGAGUAGCCUGCAUCUCAACAGUCAUCAGGAAAAGUAUGGGGAUGAGAAGUAGUCGGGAGGAGGGCUGGAGAAGUGUUCCCAUAGAAAUGUUUAUCUGAUGCAGAAGAGAUACACAGCUGGUCCAAGAGACCUGGGCUGCACUCCCAGCCUGUCCCUUUCCAGCUGUCUGAUCUGGCCGAUUCCCGUGAGGUUUCUAUGAUGUGACAACACUAGAGUCUGGGACUUCCUGGCCUGUGGAAAGGAUGAGAUCUACCCAUCAUCUGUUGAACCUGUGCUAGUGCUUGUGGAGCUAGGGGCCGGAGCCAGCCACGAGGGUCCCUCCCCGUUCCCUUCAUCUUUGAGAGAGGUUGUGGUUGAUGGCUUUGCAAGGAAAAGGCUUCCUCCCUUAACUGAAGGGAGAGCUUCUAAGGGACCAGGUCAGCUUGGAUGUGAACCCGUCUUUCUUUUCUGUUGUUGUUGUUCUGUUGGUUGGUUGGUUUCUUCAA